ACUGGAGAAGCUAUGGCGACGGUGGAGGAGACAAAACCAGACUCUGCUGCAGAAGAGAAGGAUAAGAAAAAAGUGAAGGAGGGUCAUAACCUGCUGGGGUCGCCGACGUUUAAGGAGCUGGAGAACGGUCGAUUCAAAUGCAUAGAGACUGGCCAUGAGUUGCCCGCCAAAGACAUGGGGUCCUAUGGUCAGAGCAAGCGCUGUCGAUUGGGUCUCAUUGACUCUGCUCUUUCUCUCCAGAAACCCCCCCUCAACAUGUUCAAACAGGAUCCUCUCUGCCGAUCAAAGUUAAAAUGUAAGCUGACAGGAGAUACCAUCAAUAAAUCUGAGGAACAUAUAUGGAAGCAUAUAAAUGGGAGAAGGUUCCUCCAUAAAUUAGAACAAAAGGAAGAAGAAAAGCUAGCAUCAUGUGACACAGUACUGGUAGAGAGUAAGCAGCUUUCUCACAAGGUUUCAAAAUCAGACAUGAAUGGUGUGGAGACGGAUUUAGAAAACAACGCUGGCCUGGAUGACUCUCGGCCAAGGAGAUCUAGUGAUAAUGAAAAUGAUUUAGAAGAAACCGACUUCUGGAUCCCUCCUGUUGGGAGCCGCUGGGAUAAUGAUGAUGGUGGAGAUCGAUGGGGUACAGACUCAGAGCAGGAAUCUGAGGAAGGUAUUAAAGUGGAUGGAGUAGAUGGAAGUGGCACCGAGUCAGGAGAGCUCUCCCAGCGAACGAAGCGAAUAUCCAUUGAAGUUGGGCCUAGUAGCUUUGCCUCGAGAAAAAAGAAAAGCAAAAUCAAUUCCUGAUAACUGCAGUUAAACGAAGUAGUGGUCUUUUUCUUUGUGUCUCCCCCCUCCCCACCUUUUUUUU